AUGCCACUACGCCUCCCACCCUGGGAGCAUCAAAUGCUUGCUGGUCAAGUAGAUGGCGACUUCUCCAGCACCCUGAAAGCUGAUAAAACUUGUCUCACUGCCUGGCCUGACGUCGGCGACACACAAUGGGGCGGUAGCACAUGUCUCGCCAUGAAGUGGUCUUCGCUCUGUGGCCGCAAUUUCAUCAAAUACAUGUCCGCAUGGGACGAUCAAGCAGCUGCAACAAACCCUGCUUGGAUGUCUGAGCGCCUUCUGGAACGAAAGCCGAUCAGUGCGUCGCUAGACAACAAUGUCACCGUUACUACUGCGUGGCUUGAUGAUCAUGAUGUCGCAGCUGAGUCUGAGAAGGCAGGCAGGAUAAUCAACAACAUCACUAUAGCUGUCCCUCACCGAGGGAUCCCGGCAGCAGCUCGCAAUGUCCAGAAUGACUUGCUGCAGCCAGAAGAUCUCCAUGAUGGUGGCUCAUACUCUAUCCACGCUUCAGUCGCCAGCUUCGCACUCAACGCACUCUGUGUCAAUGCCAAAGAGGAAGAGCUCGCUCCACUCAUAUAUACCAAUUGGCCCAAUGCAAUUCCGAUGGAAGAAGGCUCGAAGUCAGUCAACUGGUGGCCAAUCCUAGGAUUUCCAGAAGGCACCAACACGAACAAUAAAACGGUGCUUGAUGAUGUAUUUGGAUGGAAGGACGAGACGGAAGAUCACUCGCGUGCUAGACCAAUUUUCCUCAAGUACCCGAAAGCAGGAAACACGAUCGCAAACCACACUCAAGUACCCUACGAGCUCGGCGACCGACCAGAAGUCUACCUGCUCGGCAAAGCACCCGACAACACCACCAAAGACUACUUCCUCUGCUCCAUGAAAGCCGGUAUCACAACCUCCUGCACUACACGCUACAACGCCUCAUCCGGCGGCCAAAGCCUCGAAGCCGUCUGCGACGACGCAAACGGCAAGCACAGCGACGACUCCGCCAUCCAACCCCUCCGUUCCACCGGCGACAGAACAGCCCUAGUAGGUUGGCGCGACCUAGGUUUCAACCUCCUCAACUCCCUGAGUCUAAACAACGGUGUUUUCGACGGCGACGCCUCAACAGCACGCAUAUUCACCCAACUCCAACUCACAGAGCCCAAACUUAACAAGACCUUACCGAGUCCAGCAGAAGCACUCCUAAGCAUGACAACAUGCACAGUCCUAGACCUAACCCAAAACUUCCCCUUCCAACCCUUCUCCCCCACCUCCGCCUCCGACUUCACCACCCCCCAGAUGCAGUAUUUCAACGCUUCCGUCCGUGUAGCACAGUACAUGUCCGGCGGCGAAAAGAGCUACCAGAAAGCGCUCCUUGUUGUUCUCGCCCUCACCCUCCUCAUCAACAUCUUCAUCCUGAUCUACUUCGCCGUUCUGCUGCGCAUCAAACUCAUCACGGAUCUGUGCGAGCCGCUUGUCCUGUUUGUCCUUGGAUACCAUUCUCCGCCCGCGGAUGGGUUGUUCCAGGGGAGGCCGCAGGAGGGGCCGCAGAAGAGGGAUAUGACGGUUGAGUGGAUUGUUAAGAGGAAGGGGGAGCAGUUGGUUGUUGUGGGGAUGGGGGAGAGGGAUGGGGAGUUGGAAGGGGAGGGGAGGGGGAGUGGGGGGGUUGGGGGGUGGUUUAGGAUGAGGAGGAGAGGGGGGGAUAGAGGGGAAGAUAGGGAGGAGGGGUCGCCGGAGGGGCUUAGGCCGUAG